AUGAGUCGAAAUGUUAUAAGCCGGAACGAGAUUGAUGAUCGCUUUAAUAAAUGCUUGAAAAAAGCAAUGAAUGAUCCGCAACAACUUGUGAAAGGUGAAAUAAGCGACAAUGAAUCAGAUGGUGGCGGUGAUCAAGGAUUGCAAAAAGCAUCAGUGGGUAAAAUGAUUGAAAAUUUUGCAAAGAUUUUAUUAGACAAUGAAAAAGUUGAUCAUGCGGAUAUUAAUGUACAAAUGCGCCUAAAAAAUAUUAAAAGUAAUCCAAAAAAGCACGAUGUUCAAUUCUUUGCAUAUGAUUCAAAAGAUUCGGAUGAGCGUGGUGGCCGAAUUAUACGCGAUUAA